CAACUUGGAAGAAAUAUCAAAACAUAAUGCUUUAGAGCAUGAUGCUUCUUUAACUCGAAAAGAUAAAUAUUUUGGCGAUCCACUCAAAGUUGAUAACGAAUUAGUUGAUAAAUUACUUGAUCAACAAAUUGAUGGAAAAAUAAACCUUGAUUCAUUAGCAAAACAUCGUCAAAAUCGACUAAAUCAUUCAAAAGAAAAUAAUCCUGAACUUACCUAUGGAUUUGUGCAAAAGAUUCUUUCGGGCGCUGAAAGUUCAAUGUUGGUAAAUGUUAUGGGUGGUAAUACUAAUUUUGAAAUUGAUAGUGCUUUGUUGGAAACAUUUUUAAAACAUGAAAGACUUCCGCAUACUUGGCGUAAACCUGAUAAGCCGGUUACGCCCUUAGAAGUUUUUAAUAACAGCAGCGCAAUCAUGAAAAAGUAUGAUGCGUUAGAGAAAGAACAAAAUAAGUAA